UGGGAAGCGGGAUUCGAGCGGACGGGGCCCGGGGUGGCGGGGGGUUUAUCCGAGCGGGCAGCCGAGGUCGCCCCGGGUUCGCGUGUCGGGGCUUGCCGCCCCCUUCGCCUCUCCUGCCCGCUUCCUGGCCUUCGCGACAUGGGGUUCCUCAAACUGAUCGAGAUCGAGAACUUCAAAUCCUACAAGGGGCGGCAAAUCAUCGGGCCCUUCCGGCGCUUCACGGCCAUCAUCGGGCCCAAUGGAUCUGGCAAGUCAAACCUCAUGGAUGCCAUCAGCUUUGUGCUUGGUGAAAAGACUAGUAACUUGAGAGUAAAGACUUUGAGAGACUUGAUUCAUGGAGCUCCUGUUGGGAAACCAGCCGCCAACCGGGCAUUUGUCAGCAUGGUCUACUCUGAAGAUGGUAUCGAAGAUCGCACCUUUGCAAGAGUCAUUGUGGUUCCAGGGUGCUGUGGAGUCCAUCGCAAUGAAGAAUCCCAAGGAACGCACGGCCCUCUUUGAAGAAAUCAGUCGCUCGGGUGAGCUGGCUCAGGAGUACGACAAGCGCAAGAAGGAGAUGGUCAAGGCAGAGGAAGACACCCAAUUCAAUUACCAUCGCAAGAAGAAUAUUGCUGCGGAGCGUAAGGAGGCCAAGCAGGAGAAAGAGGAGGCGGAUCGAUACCAGCGUCUAAAGGAUGAGGUUGUGCGAGCUCAAGUCCAGCUCCAACUCUUCAAGCUGUACCACAAUGAGGCUGAAAUUGAAAAGCUAAACAAGGAACUGGGAUCCAAGAACAAAGAGAUUGAUAAGGAUAAGAAGCGCAUGGACAAGGUGGAAGAUGAACUCAAGGACAGGAAGAAAGAGCUGGGCAAAGUCAUGAGGGAGCAACAACAAAUCGAAAAGGAGAUCAAGUAAAAAAAUACCAUCGUCUGAAGGAGGAGGCCAGCAAAAGGGCAGCCACCUUGGCACAGGAAUUGGAGAAGUUCAACCGUGAUCAGAAGGCAGAUCAAGACCGCCUGGAUCUAGAAGAGAGGAAGAAAGUAGAAACAGAGGCCAAGAUAAAGCAGAAGUUGCGAGAAAUUGAAGAAAACCAGAAGCGGAUUGAGAAGCUGGAGGAGUACAUUGCCACUAGCAAGCAGUCCUUGGAAGAGCAAAAGAAGCUGGAGGGAGAAUUGACAGAGGAAGUUGAACUGGCUAAACGCCGCAUUGAUGAAAUCAAUAAGGAGUUAAAUCAGGUGAUGGAACAGCUGGGGGAUGCCCGGAUCGACCGGCAGGAAAACAGUCGGCAGCAGCGCAAAGCAGAGAUUAUGGAAAGCAUCAAACGUCUCUACCCAGGCUCUGUGUACGGACGACUAAUCGACCUCUGCCAGCCCACCCAGAAAAAAUACCAGAUAGCUGUCACAAAGGUGCUGGGCAAGAAUAUGGACGCCAUCAUUGUUGAUUCAGAGAAAACUGGCCGGGACUGUAUCCAGUACAUCAAAGAGCAGCGAGGAGAGCCUGAGACCUUCCUGCCUCUUGAUUAUCUUGAGGUAGAAGAUGAAGUAUUUGAGGAAUUCUGCCGAGAAAUCGGAGUAAGAAAUAUCCGGGAGUUUGAGGAAGAGAAGGUGAAACGCCAGAACGAGAUUGCCAAAAAAAGGCUGGAAUUUGAAAAUCAAAAGACCCGCCUAGGCAUCCAGCUGGACUUUGAAAAGAACCAACUGAAAGAAGAUCAGGACAAAGUGCACAUGUGGGAGCAGACCGUCAAGAAAGAUGAAGCUGAGAUAGAAAAACUCAAGAAGGAGGAACAGCGGCAUAUGAAGAUCAUAGAUGAGACCAUGGCACAGCUGCAGGACCUGAAGAACCAGCACCUGGCCAAGAAAUCUGAGGUGAAUGAUAAGAACCAUGAGAUGGAGGAGAUUCGUAAGAAGCUGGGAGGAGCCAAUAAGUAAGUCUGACCUACGAGGGCAAGAUCUAAGCAGGAAGGUAGAGAUAUCUACCGUUGCCCCUGCUUCAUCUGGUGACUAAUUUCGGCCUAUGAUUUUAAUGAAUUGAAGAUGUCUUAUGUUUGGGAGGGAACUGUUAAAGAUGCAAAGGCAAGACUCACUCGGCGUUCUGUAUCAGGUAGCCCCAACACCAGCCUGAUGUUUCUGGGAAACCUAAUUAGAUGAUCACAAUUUCCCCCCCUUGUCCCAACAU